AUGAAGACCGCCGCUCUCCUUGUCGCCCUCGCCGCCUCUGUCGCUGUCGCUGCCCCUGUUGCCGACGCUGAGGCCCAGGGUGGUUUCUUCGGUGGUGGUGGCUCCGCUGGCGGCGCUGCCCGUUGGAAGCGCGACGCUGAGGCCGACCCCCAGGGUGGCUUCUUCGGCGGUGGUGGCUCGGCCGGUGGUGCCGCUCGCUGGAAGAAGGACGCUGAGCCCGAGGCUCAGGGUGGCUUCUUCGGCGGUGGUGGCUCGGCUGGCGGCGCUGCUCGCUGGAAGAAGGACGCUGAGCCCGAGGCCCAGGGUGGCUUCUUCGGUGGUGGUGGCUCUGCCGGUGGUGCCGCUCGCUGGAAGAAGGACGCUGAGCCCGAGGCUCAGGGCGGUUUCUUCGGCGGUGGUGGUUCGGCCGGCGGCGCUGCUCGCUGGAAGCGCGACGCCGACGCCGAGCCUGAGGCCCAGGGUGGCUUCUUCGGCGGCGGCGGCUCUGCUGGCGGUGCUGCCCGCUGGAAGCGCGACGCUGAGGCUGAGCCCGAGGCCCAGGGCGGCUUCUUCGGCGGUGGUGGUUCGGCUGGCGGCGCUGCCCGCUGGAAGCGCGACGCCGACGCUGAGCCCGAGGCCCAGGGCGGUUUCUUCGGCGGUGGUGGUUCGGCCGGCGGCGCUGCUCGCUGGAAGCGCGACGCCGACGCCGAGCCUGAGGCCCAGGGUGGCUUCUUCGGCGGUGGUGGCUCCGCUGGCGGCGCUGCCCACUGGAAGAAGGACGCCGAGCCCGAGGCCCAGGGUGGCUUCUUCGGCGGCGGCGGCUCCGCCGGUGGUGCUGCUCGCUGGAAGCGCGAGGCCGACGCCGAGCCCGAGGCCCAGGGCGGUUUCUUCGGCGGCGGUGGCUCCGCUGGUGGUGCCGCUCGCUGGAAGAAGGACGCCGAGCCUGAGGCGCAGGGUGGCUUCUUCGGUGGUGGCGGCUCCGCCGGCGGCGCUGCCCGCUGGAAGAAGGACGCCGAGCCCGAGGCCCAGGGUGGCUUCUUCGGCGGUGGUGGCUCCGCUGGUGGCGCCGCUCGCUGGAAGAAGGACGCCGAGCCCGCCGCCGAGGUCGAGGUCGCUGCCCAUGUCCGGACGCAAUUAAUUUCUUGAACCCCGCCUACGCGCCGAGACCUCGAGUGCAAACCUUGUCUUCGAGGUCAUCGCAACUUCCGCACUCCCUUCUUUUUCACCUUUAAACGACCCCCGCCUCCCCUUCCGUGUAACAACACCUCCCUUCUUCGGCCUGUCGACGACGGCCGACAGCUUGACCUUGGGACGGACCCGACCGACCCAAAUCGGCUUUGUUGUGCUUGCUUUUUUGCUUGUUGCUUCCCCGCCGUCACACUGUCUCUCCGACGUACGACUCGCCACCCUCAAACACGCGGCUUGGUUUCCGGGCAGCGCCUCUUUCCAAAACUCGACCCAGGCACCGCUCUGCGCGUCGUCGCGUCGCGUGUUACGUGUUCUUCCCCUUUGUAGACUUUUUUUUUUUUUGUUCAGUAGCAGUAGUAGAAUUUGACGCGAACGCCAUGCCAGCAGCGGCCGCGGUCGCCCUGACGAUCUCAACGAUGAGAGUAGACAUGCCUAUGCAGGACAUUCGUACGU